AUGGGCAGUGGUAGAUCUACUAAGGCGCAAGGAGGUGCAGCUGCACCUCUCUUUAUCGGAAAAACCAUUGUAGAUUACGUUAUUUCUAUUUUCAACAUUCUCAUCAAUAGAAUCAAAGGAGAUGAGGAGCUUGACAUGGAUCAUUGCCUAAAUGUCUCAAGGGGUCUCCCAUAUGGAUUGUUGAAGAAGACGAGAAGGGUCAACUUUUGCUGGCCUCAUGAGGUGGUUAAUGGACUCAGAGCGGCUCAUGAAGGGGAAGAUUGUGUCUAUGGUGUCAAUGUGGUGGAGGGAAAGGAGAGGAGAGGGAAUAUACUAUUCCCAAAUGGUUAUUGUACUGCACAGCUUGUGCGUGACUAA